CGCGGCCAUACGCGUAUCGAUUCCUUUCGGUGAAUUUAACGUGUCGUAGCCCCGCCCACCUGUGCUGACUUGACAAGCCUAAGUAACUAACCGCCGGGUGAGUGUCGACGAAUCGAGCUCAUCCACAGUGCCUUUUCUCCAUGCUGAAAACGUGCGAACGCUUUUUGGCGAGGAAGCUGUGGACGGCCGCAGUGAACGUGGUUUUGCUGCAGGUUUGUUUUCCUGACUGUUGUACUUCUCUAUUCCAGGGUAAAACGAUCCAGGACGAGGAGCCUGUUUGCUUUCCAGUGCAGGUGCAAGACAAUGGAGGUGAAACUCAAAGAGCAGGACGAGGACAGCACAUUCAGCAACACUGACACGAAUGGUAAGCGCCCAGCUGAGGACAUGGACGAGGAGCAGGCUUUCAAACGUUCUCGCAACGCAGAUGAGAUGGUGGAGCUGCGUGUGCUGCUUCAGAGCAAAAAUGCCGGUGCUGUUAUUGGAAAGGGUGGCAAGAACAUAAAAGCCCUACGCACAGACUACAAUGCCAGUGUAUCAGUCCCAGACAGCAGUGGCCCAGAGCGGAUCCUGAGUGUGAAUGCCAGCAUCGACACAAUUGGGGAGAUUCUGCUGAAAAUCAUACCUACUCUAGAGGAAUACCAGCAUUACAGUGGGAUUGAUUUUGACAGUGAGCUUCGCCUGCUGAUCCAUCAGAGCUUGGCAGGGGGCAUCAUCGGGGUAAAAGGUGCCAAGAUAAAGGAGCUGAGAGAGAACACUCAGACGACCAUCAAGUUGUUCCAGGAGUGCUGUCCACACUCCACUGACAGAGUCGUCCUGGUGGGAGGAAAGCCAGAACGUGUCAUUGAAUGUAUAAAAGUGAUCCUGGAGCUGGUGUCAGAGGCGCCAAUCAAAGGUCGUGCCCAGCCUUACGACCCUAAUUUCUACGAUGAGACAUACGACUACGGCGGUUUCACCAUGUUGUUUGAGGACAGAGGCAGACGACCCAUCAGUGGCUUCCCCAUUCGUGUGCGUGGAGGCUUUGAGCGCCUGCCCCCUGUUCGUGGCAGCAGACCCCUACCUCCCUCCAGAAGGGACUAUGACGACAUGAGCCCCCGUCGGGGUCCUCCACCGCCGCUGAGCAGAGGCGGAAGAGGGGGCAGCCGAGCACGUAACCUGCCUCUUCCUCCGCCUCCGCCGCCAAGAGGAGGCGGAGACAGGUUCUCGCAUGGCAGCUAUCACAGCAGCAUGGAUGACAGACCAAGCGAGAGAAGAGGCCGAGGAGACCGUUAUGACAGCAUGAGCGGAGGCGGAUAUGACAACAAUUCUUCCUGGGAGCACUUUCAGUCCGGUGGCAGAGGCUCAUACAGUGAUAUCGGAGGCCCAGUCAUCACAACACAAGUCACCAUCCCGAAAGAUCUGGCUGGCUCCAUCAUCGGCAAAGGCGGCCAAAGGAUCAAGCAGAUCCGCCAUGAGUCAGGGGCAUCCAUCAAGAUUGAUGAACCACUAGAGGGCUCUGAGGACCGCAUCAUCACCAUCACAGGAACACAGGACCAAAUCCAGAACGCCCAGUACCUGCUGCAGAACAGCGUGAGGCAGUACUCUGGUCGGUUCUUCUAGGAGGAAGGAGGUGAAGAAGAAGAUGAUGAUUGAAGCCAUGCUGCCAUACUGUUUGCUCCGUCUAUUCAGAGCCCACAUUCCUCUGCUUUGGGUAGAUGUGCUCCCCCCCGACACCCCACUUCCCCCUCACUAUCUCACACUACAGCAUCUGUUUAUAAAUUUUUAUUUUGAGGACAAAUCUUAAGCUGUCAAACAGCAAACAAUGAGUCAGCAACAUGUUUCUGUGCUGGUGUAAUUAUUUUUUAGGAGAUGUUUGUGUCAUCGUAAACUCAUCUGUGAGAUAACUUUUGGUGUUGUGAGCUGCCCUGGGCCCUUAUCUCCCUCAUUUCAGUACAGCAUGCUGAAUGUAAUCUUUUUGUAAGGAGCAUUAUGUGAUUUUUCUUUUUUUUUGUUUUUUUUUUUUGCCCCCCCCCCCCCCUCUAAAAUGUUUAAGCACACUCUUCGAAUGAAGACGCAUGCUCUUGGAAUAGUUAAGAAACCCUAUAAAUAAACUUUCAUUUGUACACAGCAUCCCUUUCCACUGUCAUAUGAAUUGCUUUUUGUAAGAUGGGUUUUAAUGCAGCGGUUUGACAUUUAGUCUUGCUUGUUUGUGUCUGGCAGAGAGAUAAAGCCAGCCUUCUUAGAUGAAAUGUUUUGUUGCCCUUCUUCCGCAUUUAUACAUGAGUAUUUGAGUUUUGGUUGGUUGAAGAAGCAAUUUGAAGACCUCACUUUGGGCUCUGGGGAAUUGUGAUCAGCAUUUUCCACAUUUUUCUGGACUUAAUGAUUCAUCUGAAAAAAAAAAAAAAAACAAUCGGCCGAUUAACUGAAAAUGAUUGUUGCAGCGCUAAUCUGUACCUUGUGUGUGACUGUGGUAUCAGUCUUCUCAUAUCUCUGCCAGAACAAGCAUAUUUUCAAAAAUGUCAUUUUGUUUUUGUUUUAAGUUGAGAUAAAUGUGCCAGUGUGACAUAGCAAAAAAAAAAGGUUUUUUGUUUUUGUUUUUCAUUGAAAGACAAGGAGGUGUACAAAGUGUGUGUGUGUGUAUAUAUUUACAUAGAAACAGUAAUUACGUGAGUGGUUAGAUAGGCCCAGGAUACUUUCUAUACUUUCUUGGAAAGAGAUGGCGCCAGCAGACAAAUUUAGUAAUCUUAUUUUUUUUUUCCUCUCUAUUUGAUUUAUUUUUCUUCCACUCACAUUGACGGACUCGCUGCAAUGCAACCUUAAUAUCUGACCUGUUAAAUCCAGUUAAUGUUGCACAAGUGUUUUUAAUUUUGACAGUUUGGAAAUAUUCUUAAAUGUGCAGUUUGAUGCGAGGAGUCCACGAGUGGCGGCGUUUAUUUUCAUUUUACUUUUUCUGUCAUGUCAUAUCUCUGAUGUCUGAUAUCUGUGGUCCCUGCAGGUAAAUAAAAUAAAUAAAAACCCUGUCGCACAGUU